CAUGCACUUGCGCCACGUACCUUUGCCUUUAUGGGGUAGCUCGUCUGCGAUGCUGACCCAGGUGAGGAUACCCCGUGAAGGAUCAACCCCCCUCCCCGUGCCUAGAAGGUCGACGAGCUGUGGCCUGCCAUAGUGCGCUUGCUGUUUGAUCAUAGGCACAAGCUGAAGUCAUCACAGAAGGACAAAGUUCGGCAGUUCAUGUCCUUCACGCAGGCAGGCGAAAGGACAGCUGUGUACUGCCUGGCACAGAAUGACUGGAAACUAGAAGUCGCCACAGACAACUACUUCCAGAACCCAGACCUCUACUACAAAGAAUCCAUGAAAACCUCAGUGGACCGCAAGAAGCUGGAGCAGCUCUACAACAGAUACAAAGAUCCCCAGGAUGAGAACAAGAUAGGCAUCGACGGGAUCCAGCAGUUCUGCGAUGACCUGACUCUAGAUCCGGCGAGCAUGAGCAUACUGGUGGUGGCGUGGAAGUUCAGAGCAGCCACGCAGUGCGAGUUCAGCAGGAAGGAGUUCCUGGAUGGCAUGGCUGAGCUAGGGUGUGACAGCCCUGAAAAGCUCAAGGCCAUUCUUCCCAGACUAGAGCAGGAGCUGAAAGACUCAGGAAAGUUCAAAGACUUCUACCAGUUUACCUUCAGUUUUGCCAAGAACCCAGGCCAGAAGGGGUUAGACCUGGAGAUGGCCGUGGCUUACUGGAAUCUAGUUCUCACAGGUCGGUUCAAGUUCCUGGAUCUGUGGAACCGCUUCCUGCUGGAGCAUCACAAACGAUCGAUUCCCAGGGACACAUGGAACCUCCUCCUGGACUUUGGCAAUAUGAUUGCAGACGACAUGUCAAACUAUGAUGAGGAAGGGGCCUGGCCCGUCCUGAUCGACGACUUUGUGGAAUUUGCUCGGCCGAUUGUGAUGGGGACCAAACGCAACGUGACAUAAUGUUUGUGCCGGCUUCAUGCAGCGGAUAGAGUUUCGCGUUUCUUCCUGUUUUCUUUUCCUGAAUGAGGUUUUUGAUACAAACGAGCCAAAAAUGAGACUACUUCUAAUUAAGCCUGACUGCAGCUUUUGCCAUUAGGAUUGUUCUUCCAACUGCAUACGAUGCCUCUGAAAGGGAGAGACCCGAACUUUUAAAAUGGAAAGCAGGACGGGAAUCAGCCAGAAAGAGAACUUUUUUCUUUUUUAGUUGUUGUUUGCUGACACAAACAGCGAUGUGAAGAGGAUGGAUACGCUCAAACUUCUCACCGACAGGUGUAAAACCACACCUGCGGACUCACUAACCAGCAGCCUCGGUACAGAGAGAGUCGGGUUGGAAGUUAAACUCUGCAUGUUUUGUGCCAUGGAUGGUGUGUGUGUGUGUGUGUGUGUGUGAGUGGGGGUGGGGCUAUUAAGGUUAUUUUCACUGAUGCUGCGAAUGUGUUGCUCUCCAAGUUACACUGAGAGCAAACAGAGGAAGUGAGCGUGUGUGUGUGCGUGCGUGUGUGUCUGUGCAUAUUGCCUCAUUUACAAUACCAUGCCACAUAUCUUAGGUUUUGUUGAUAUGUAAAAGGCUGGAAUAAUUGACCUUAAACUCCGCAUCUUGUGUUAAGAGGUCUUUGUAGAGAAGCACGUUUGUUGAGCACCAGCAGAAUCACAAAGGCUUUAUCGAUCUGUUGCAGUGGUGCCAUUCGGUCACUUUCAGUCUCAUGUUAAUGUUCAUCACACAAACCCCUCUGAACGUCUAUCUCUGUCACUAACUGCAGGCUUUCUGUGCUGCUCCUGAGAGCUCUACCUCCUGCAGAGGCUCAGAGAGGGAAGUCUGUCUUCUGGAUAAGGAAUAACAGAAAAAAAAAGCAUAAUAAAAGGAAAUGAAGUUGAUGAGAUAAACAUGUUACUGCUGUUUGGGGCAUUCUCAAGUGAGCUGAGGAGCUCACGGGUAAGAGAAGUGCAGCAGUCAGUUAAUGUGACUGCUCGUAUUCAGACUGGCGCGGUCGUUAGGAGACGUUAGCGGGUCCGACCUGGUUAGAUUUCUGUUGUGACUUGUGUGGCUCGCUCAGGCCUGAAGCUGGCCGUUUAUGAAAAGGAGCUUUAGAAGAGCAAAAACAGGUCGUGGCACUUUUAGUUGUGAUUGGUGCAAAAGCAGCAUUUGGGAUGCUGCAGCAUUACAUUUGUUGGUUUUAUGUCUUGACUUUAGCAGCGAUUAAAAGUACGAACACAGAGAGAAGCUGAGCGGCACCCUGACUGUUUCCUGUCAUCCCGGUGAGGAUGACUUGUCACCUCUACAAACUGCACUGAAGUACACUUUUUCUGUUGUAGGAUUAUACAUUUUUAUUUAAUCAGACGGCACUGUGGAGCAUCGGAGUUAUUCGCGUCUCGUGGCAGUAGGUUUGUCUCACGUGCAAAAGUUUUUAUAAUGAAGAUGUGCAUCACAGCAAGGAGUAUUUUAACUGAUUGUUUACAUGGCUGGAGGUUGCUUUUUAUAGAUUUGGUUGAAUUUAUUACACAGGAGAACAUGAACACUGCUCAGGCUGCCAUCUAGUGGUGGCAGUGGGCUAUAGCAUUUCUCACUUUUCUGUAGUUUAAUGAAGACUUGAGCCUUUUAACACUUAAGAGAACCAUGCAGCAAUGCUUAUUAUUAUUAUUAUUAUUAUUAUUAUUAUUGUUAUUGUUAUUUUUUAAUAGGAUUAACUGUUUCUCUUUGAGUGUACCUAAAAACACUCUACAUCCCAGAGUAUGUCUUCUACUCUUCCGGCGCCCCCCGUGUGCGGCAGCCUGUUACAGCAGCUCUGCUCAUUCUGAGUUUCUUUCUUUCUUAUCUUUUUUAACAAAUUUCCCACCUGUGGGACUAAUAAAGGUCAUCUUAUGGCUGAAGGUACCAGAGCUCAGGUACCCGUCACCCUCUCCUCAGUCAGAGUGAGCUGUGUGGCUUCCUGUAUUUGUCAGAUCUGGUUCUGUCAUGUGUUGUCACUUCAGUUAAACCUUUGCCAUGUGUUGAAAUAAGGAUAGUUAUUCUCUUGCAUCUGCAGCUACCUACAGGGGGAAAUAACUUGACAACCUGGUGUGGAAAUGCUCAUAUUUGUGUAAACACAGUCACUCAUAAACUAUGGUGGUAUGUGUGUGAAUGUAGACUUUUCUUUUCUUUUUUUAAGUUCAAGGUAAAUCAAGACUGGAUUGUGGGUUCACUUCCAGACUGAUUAGUGCGUCACAGUGCUUGCCAUUGUAAUUAAGUUAGACAUGUUGGUUUAAUACCAUAGUUUCUGUCCUGUCAGCAUCGCCAGGGUGGCUGUUAUCUAACACCUGUAAUUCUCCGUGGUUCAGGAGUGACAAAACAACCUCCAGUAUUUAGUGUUCUGUUACAUUCGGUGCAUUUUUAGUUGUCAAAUGUGCGAUCGGCUGUUUCUAGUCAUACGCACGUGGUCAUGGUCUUUAAGACAGUGUUAUUUUUGCUGGCAAGAAAACAAGUAUUUACAGAGUAAUGUUUUCGCUGCAAAAGUAUACCGUACAUUGUUUUCUUGAAAAAUGUCAAUAAAGCAUGUUGUUUUUAACAA